GCGAGCGCCGCGGCCCCGGAGGUUCCGCGGCCUGGAGGUUCGGUUGCCGCCGCCUGUCCUGGCGAGGAGCAGCGGCGCCGGUGUCCCGGCGGAACCUGCACUUGAAUCGAGAGCCAUGUGGUCCGCUGAUGAAAUCGCUGGAUUAUGUUACCUUCAUUAUAGGACCAGACUUCCUAAGCAGGGGAAACCAGAUCCAAACAGGGAAUGGACUUCCCUGGCAGCUGUUGUCAAAGUGGAGUCUGGAACCCAAAGCGAGGCUCUUGAUAGUCCAGGAAACUUGCAGGUAACUAAGGAAGUUGUUGCUAUGGGAACUGGAACAAAAUGUAUUGGCCAAAACAAAAUGCGAAAAACUGGAGACAUUCUGAAUGACAGCCAUGCUGAAGUUGUGGCCAAGAGGAGCUUCCAGAGGUAUCUUCUCCAUCAGUUGUGGCUUGCAGCUUCCCAUCAGCAAUGUAUCUUUAGUCUGGGAACUGAAACUGGGAAAUGGAAACUUAAACCAAAUAUCAUAUUUAUUUUUUUCUCCAGUCAUACCCCAUGUGGAGAUGCUUCUAUUUUUCCAAUCAGCGAACCAGAGAACCAGCUUUCUAAGCCAGUGACUGGAGGUCAUGCAGCUGGACAAUCAGCAGAAUGUAGAAGUAACCAUAAUCACUUGUGUCCAGAAGAUAAAAGGAAAUCAGAGAAGAUGGCAAGUAAUCAUAUAAUCAAGAGAAUGAAAACUGAUGAUGGUGCUUGUUUUUCCACAAUCACUGAAGACCUGGCUGUUCAGGAUGAAUCUGUGAAACGAGAAGACAACACAAAUCAAAAGAGCUGUGAAUGUUCUGCAGAGAUGCAAACAGCUAAUAAGCAUACUGGCUUAGUGAGUCCAAAGGUAGUAGAUAUUCAUAGAACUGGAGCAAAAUGUGUGCCUGGAGAGCUGGAUGAUGCCCGAAUACCUGGGCUGGGGUACCACUGUGUGGGAUUAUUACGAGUGAAGCCAGGUCGAGGAGACAGAACAUGCUCUAUGUCCUGCAGUGAUAAACUGGCUCGCUGGAAUGUGUUAGGGUGUCAAGGAGCUCUUCUGAUGCAUUUUCUGCAGUAUCCGGUGUAUCUGUCAGCAGUUAUAGUGGGGAAGUGUCCAUAUAGCCAAGAAGCCAUGCGGAGAGCAGUUAUUGAAAGAUGUCAACACAUCUCAUCUUUACCAGGUGGUUUUCUCACUCAGGAAGUCAAGCUGCUGCAAUCAGAACUUCAAUUUGAACAUAGCCGUCAGGCAGUUCAGGGAGUUCAAACUAACAGCAAAACAAAACUUGUUCCUUGUAGUGCAGCUAUCAGUUGGAGUGCAGUCCCUGAGCAACCUCUGGAUGUCACCUCAGAUGGCUUCCGCCAGGGAACAACAAAGAAGGGGAUUGGGAGCCAUCAGAGUAGAUCCAAAAUCUGUAAAGUGGAGCUCUUCCAUAAAUUCCAAAAGCUGGUGACAAGUAUUUCACAAGAGGAUCUACCAGACACUCUACGGAUGAAGACUCUAAAAACCUACUGGGACUACAAGGAAGCUGCAUUAAAUUAUCAGGAAGCCUGGAAAGUGCUGCGUAGCAAAGCUCUGCUGGGUUGGGUCAAGAAUGCCAAGGAGUACCUGCACUUCACAUGACAUUCCAUGGGAUUAUGUGAAUCCAGGAAUAAGCUCUGGUCCACAGCAGAUACCUCUGCAGUUCAAGGGCCAGAAAAAGAUGCCCUCCUGUUUAUGUGCUGUAAAGAGACAGGACUGAAAAGGAAAGUAAUUUACAGAAUACUUCUAUUUCUACUGAGUUGAAGCCCCCUUUUUAUUGAAAUAUAGAUAAGGAUAAUUUCUGACUUAAAAUUCUGAGCUGCAUGAAGCAAUACAUCUACAAAAGAAAGGAAGCAGUGAUGUGCUAUCCUAGUAACUGAGGAUAAUUUCAACUGAAAUUGAAGCAGUACUAUGGAAAAUUUUAGUGCUGCUCUUUUCUUCCACUUCUCAUAAUUUUGUGAUUGUUGUUGUGUUGCUGGGACAACCCUCAUGUAUAGUAAGCAAUACUUUCAUAACUCUGAGUUCUUCUUGUCUGGUGCCUGGAAGAAUUCUCUGUGUCUUCCAACCCCUUUGCUUCUAACUGGAAAAAAACAGUUCUGUAAAGUGUCAUCUUUUCCUGGGAAUACUUCAUAUAUGCUGCUAUUUACUAAACAUAGCCACAAAUACCACCACAGCAGAAGCAAAAGCACUGGGGGGAGUAUAUGUCAAAUAAUACCACUUAUGAUAUCUUGUGCAUCUCAAUUUCAGGACUUUGCCAGAUAACCUUUCAACUGCUUUGCUUCUGUAGGCAGGAAAGAAAACUCCUGAAUUACUUGGUUCAAGUUGGCCGAUCUUGUGUAAUUACAGGUAAACAUUUACCUAUUUUUUCAGUGUUUCGAGCACUGUGUCCAUCUUCACGCCCCUCUGUGGGACAUGAGCAAUUAAAAGCAGAAAUGCCUCAGCCUCAGUUUAUGUCACUGUUCCUUGUGUUCAUUAAUAGCCUGGCAAAAGUGGAGAUGCUUUGGGGAGUAUUGAAAGUAGUCUCUGGCAUGUCUCUUCUAGUCUCUUGUCAUUAUGCUUUAUUGACAGCUAACAUCUGCAUGGCAAGACAGUCAACAUUUUGAGCAGUUGUGGGGGAAGCAGUGUGUAACCCUCCUUAAGCCUUCUGUCCCAGUUACUGCAUUUUGUGAGCAAUUUCAGGACUAUGAGCACGUUCCCCUUUUGUUUUUUUCUGUUGUAAACCACAAUUCAUAAAAUAUUUGGACAAAGCAAUGGAUGGAAGGAUGGAAGGCAGGAUGGAAGAAGUGGAUAAUUUAGAACUUGAAAAUUCUUUAGUGAUUUGAAUUUUUUUUUGUUCUUUGGUAUGCUAUAAUUUUGGAUCUGAAAAAUGGGCACCACAGUUCUCCAAACAGCCUUUGCUGUCAACUGACUGAGCUACAUAUGGGACCAAACAGUACACAUAACAUUACAGUCUGAGAAUUGAUAGCAGAAAAUCCUUUUUACUUUGCAUUUAGGUUGACUUGUCAAGUAAGAAUAGUUCUCCUGUUGAAAAAAAAAAAAAAACUUGAAUUGUGUGCAUGUAUGCCCAUUCGCUCAAAUCCAGCACUAACAUGCAGAAAGACCAGUUGUACUGGUGAGGGGGAAGUAAGUUUGUGUUUGUAGAGGGCAAGGGAUUAUGGAGAUUAGGGACUUGCAGUAGUCAUCAGAGGAAAAAAAAAUUGGCCAGACGCCAUUGUACAUGGGCCACAGGGUAAACUGCUGAAGAUAAAAGGUAGUUGUUCCUGUAAUUGAGCAAGUAGCAUUCCAAAGGCAGAGUUCUAUAGUGUACCUAAAGAGCUCUCAGUAGAUUUCCAGGUUCCUGAAAUUUACCUUUGUUCUUCACUGAAAUCUUGCAGAACCUAUUAACUUACCAUACAUAAUUUCUCAUAGUUAAUCAACAAUGUCUGCAGUGAACCUGCUGACCAGACUGGAAUGUUCCCAUUUCCUAUCCAGCUGCAGUAUUAAAAUGGAUUACAUAAGACUAAUUCUGUAGUCUUGCAUCAGUUUUCAGAUAAGCAGUUAUAUGGUUUAAACUCUUUUAACUCUUUUCUAAAGUUUGAGCCUGGCUGCCAGCAUUGUUUCUUCUAAGAUUUUUUUGGUGCAUUUCUAAAAUAUUUGUGAACAUUAGACUGCUGCUUUUCUGUUACUUGUCAGGUUUAAAAGUAGUUUUUGAGGUGCUGAACACUGAUGCUAACCUCACUUUUUGGAUGGAGUUGAGGACAUAUUUAAGCCUCAAGCAAGUCAGUGAAUAUGUGAAGAGAGGGAAGGAGCUGAAACAGACCAGCAUUUAAAAGGCUGAGGUGCUAAGGCUGUGGGAUCUCAUCCUCAACUGAUGGCAUUUCUGUGAUGGAAAAUCAGUGUCUAAGGGCUGCACCUGUUUCAUUCCAAAAUGUCAGGAAAUGCUGUUGGCAGUACCAUGAAACUGCUCUAAAAAUCAGAUGGGAAAAAUGCAGCUAGGAAAGAACAGUCUGCUUUUGUAAAAGGUAGGAAACUAAACUUGGAUCAUUGUCAGCAGGUUUUUGGAAGAAUUGCUCCUGGAAAGUAACAGCUGACAUGUUCCAAGUCUGUAUUAAUUCCUUUGCCCUGAGAUAGCUGACACCCCGAAAAACAAAGAUAGGCCAGGCAUGGUGAGGACAGUACAAUGCAGAGACUGCCACAGGAGAGCAGAGUUAGCAGGGAGGGAAGUAGAAGGAAUGAAGUGCCCACAAUGCAUGUUUAAUGAGGACAAGCAAGUAAUUGGCAGUGGGAGCAGCAGAGCAUAGGAGAACAAGGUUUCCACCAUAUGUGUAAAAUGACCACAUCUCUAUUACCCAAAUAGGUCCUUGCCUGUCUCAAACUUGUUUUAUAGCUCUGAAGCUAUUGGUUUUGAAACUUACAAAGAACUUGUUUCUUCCUGGUAUCAUCAGCCACACACUGAAGUCUGCGAAGCUGUACUUGUAUUAUGUAAUGAACUUGUCUAAUAAGUAACAGAAGCAGCUAUGUAGCAUCUAGUAAAUGUGAUGAGUAACUUUCUGGUGAAAAUGGAGGUAAAGAAAUGACAGCACUGCCUGUUUGUGACAGGAUUUUUUAUUGUACUUGUUUGUUAAUUGAGAAAGAGAAAUGUACUAGCUCAAUUCAACACGAUCAGCAUCUUGCUCCUGGCUUUGGAUAAACUAUCAGAUCCAGUGUUUCCAAUACUAACUUACUAUUUUUAUUUUUCUUUAACUGACAUCUCAAAACAGAAUAAAUGUGUGUUCUCCUCCUGU